AACCACGUGACACUGUAAUCGCUCCCCUUAUGCGUCAUCGUGCUAAAAAAAAAACACGGAAGUUGCUCUGAACUUAAUCAACAAGAACCGAAAGAGAAGGUGACGUCUUCCAGAGCCAAACUUCCAAAUAUGCCACUUCUCUGACUUUUAAAAAUUUUAUCUUUGUACAUUAUCACCACAAUGGUGAACAUCCGCAGUCUCCUGCUUUUUUGCUUCGCUGCAUGCAGCAGCUGGACACGUCUGGCACUUUGUUUCGACCACUGUGGACAUUCCCUUCAAGUGUUGGACAGCGAUGUGGGAGAGAUCAGGAGUUCUGCUUACCACACUUAUUCCUACCGUUUCGGCCCCACGUAUGACUGCUGGACCAUUAAGGGUUCGAUGGGAGAGCCGGUCAUCCUCAGCUUCACCCAGUUUUCAGCUCGGUGCCGGAAGGAAUGGCUGGCCAUCAAAUCAUCCGCCGGUGGCACGCCAAUAGUUUUGUGCGGUUCCAAAUUACCGCUGCCUGUCGAAUUCCCGGGCGGAAACAUCACAGUGGUGCACCAUUUCCUGCCACAUAUCUAUCCCGUGUCGUCAUUUCUCUUGAAUUACGCCAGAGAUCCGUUCUCAGGCGAAUGCCCCGUGACGUCGUUUGAAUGCCCGGGAGGCCGCUGCCUGCCCCUCUCGUGGCGUUGCAACGGGCAGGUGGAAUGUCUCGGGCAAGGCGACGGCGCGGACGAGGAGGGCUGCGGCGCUGAGGAGACCUCGCCCGGACUGCCAUGGGACAGCGAAGCGGCCGAGAGCAACGACGCCGGGGAUUCGGAGAAUCUAAGUCCUGCGGUGCAAAGCCGCAAGGAUGACAGGACAGAUGAGCUGUUGGCCCAGUUGAAGGAGAGGCAGGAGACCGAGCACCCCAGGGAGAGCGCGGGGACGCCCGCUCCCAUCCGCUGGCCCUGCGGAGGACUUCUCCGCACCUUCUACGGGACUUUCUCUCCUCCGUCUCCUCAGGGCCCCCCGUUACUCUGCGUUUGGACUCUGGACCCGGAUGACUCCCGACCCUUGAGGCUGGACCUGCAGCAGCUGGUGUUGGGGCCCGGCGACACGCUGACGGUCCACAACAGAGCGCAAGGCAAAGGAGACGUCAUUAAAAUUAUCACCAGCGCCUCCAACUACAAAUCGGUCCAAGUGGAGUCCCGCACCGGGCUGCUGUCGCUGACUUACCGGACGCUCGCCGGCUCGGAAGGCAGCGGCUUCAACGCCACCUUCCGCGUGGGCACCUACUGUCCGCCCUGGGAGGGCCGCUGCGGUGGGGCCUCGGGGGGCUGCUUCACGCAGGAGCAACGCUGCGACGGCAACUGGGAUUGCCCCGAGAGCGGGAAGGACGAGGAGGGCUGCCGGGGCUGCGGCCGCGACCAGUUUGCCUGCGGGGUCCCCGGCCAGAGGGGGGCGGCCGCGGCGGCGCCCGGCCGCUUCGCCGGCCGCCCCGUGUGUUAUGCCGUCAGCGAGCGGUGCAACUACCAGCUGUAUUGUGGUGACGGCAGCGACGAGAGGGACUGCGCCGUGUGUCAGCCCGGAACCUUCCACUGUGACAGUGACAGGUGCGUGUUUGAGAGCUGGCGCUGCGACGGCCAAGCGGACUGCAAGGACGGCACGGACGAGCUCAACUGCACCAUCAUCCUGCCCCGGAAGGUCAUCACGGCGGCCACGGUGGGCAGCCUGGUGUGCGGGCUGCUGCUGGUCAUCGCCAUGGGCUGCACCUGUAAGCUGUACUCGCUCCGGACCAGGGAAUACAGUAUGUUUGCGCCGAUCAGCCGACAUGAGGCGCAGCUGAUUCAGCAGCAAGCUCCGCCCUCUUACGGUCAGCUGAUCGCGCAAGGCGUUAUCCCCCCAGUGGAGGACUUCCCCACCGAAAACCCCAAUGAGACUUCGUCCUUGUCUCUGAGGGGGAUACUGCAGCUCCUUCGCCAGGACGCCGUCACGUCCCCGCACCGAAGACGCAGGCCCCGCUUCGUCCGCCGCCUGGUCCGCCGCAUGAGGAGGUGGGGCCUGAUCCCCAGGCAGCCCUCCAGGCCCUCCCAGACGGCCGGUGCCGGGCAGCAGCCGCCCGAAGUGGCCCCGGCGGAUCAGGAGUCGAGUCGCGCCGCCCCCGCCGGCUCCUCGUCUUCGGCGGAGGGCGCCAACCGUCCCGUGCCUCAGAAAUUGAGCCUGUCGACUCAGGCUCCGUCGCCGUCCUGCGCUUCCCCGCCGCCGCCUCCGUACUCGCCGCCGGCGCCGCCCUCCGAGGCGCCCCAAACGCCUCCGGUGGCCAUCCCGCCGAGCAGCCCCUCUCUGGCGUCUAUCUUCCACACGCUGGGCGUCAGUCUGUCCUUGUUCAGAGCGUCGCCCUCGUCCGGCAACUCCAUGCCCCUCUCGGCCUCCCCCUCCUACUCCUCGUCGUCGUGCUCCGACGACGACGUGCUGCUCAUCCCGCUUUCCGAAGACACCGCCUCCGACGACGAUGUGCCCAUGCUCACUUGAAUCACCUCCUUGACUAGUGCCUUCCUUUCCUCUUGUCCUUUAAGUCUUUUACCAUUUCGAAAAGCAACUCGAGAGCAUUUUAGAGCAGUGUUUCCUAACCUUUAGCCAACCUAGACAUUUUUUUUUUUUUUUUUUUUGAACAUUAGAUUUAAAAAAUUGCCAUCAGAUGAAAAAAAUGUCAGGAAAAACUGCCGCACCUUUUUGUAGACUAAAUAAUGCUUCCCCGGUAUGUUGACAAUUGCCGAUAUGAACCCCUGGCCAAACCUGCGAUCCCCCCAAAUGUUAUUCAUAUGUUUGAUCUGUUUGUGUUUUUAUGCCAGGUUGGUCUUGCAAAUGAGAAUCUGCCCUCACUUACCUUACCGAUGGUUUGAUUUUCAAAGAGCAAAAAAAAUGUGCACAUGAAAUUCUUGUUUUCAGCCCAAGGCAAGGUUGACGUAGGCUAGAACACAUCGGGUGAGCUUUGAACACAGAGGAAGGCGCUUCCCGAUCCACUUUUUUGACCCCUUCCCAAUGCAGGAUAACAUUUUGGGAGCAAAUGCUGCGGCAUAUGUUUGUAGAUGCUCUUCAGGUAUUCCGGAAAGAGAAAAUGCAUCCCCUGCUCCCGACUGAAGUGCCUUUCUGGAGGAAUUUCCCACAGAACACGCUCUGAUGGCUCGCUGGCAAUAACUCUUCAGAUGCGGGUUUUAGUGCCCUUUUCCUCAACCCUGCCCAAGUGAAUGGAUUGAAAUGUGUUUCUUUGAUGCUGGUUUUUAGGAUGUGUGAAAGAGCCCUCUUACCCCCCCCCCCCCCCCCCCCCCCCCCUUCUAUUUAUUUUGACACUUGUGCCAGUCAAAUGAUUACUCCUAGUCUUGUUGCUUUCUGUCGAAUGUAUCAAAUAGCUCGGAGGCUUUUAAGUUUGCAAUGUUUUGAGAUGAGGAUGAGAAAGUUGAACGUUCCUUUGGGUCAAUUUCACUGUAUAUAAGUCCAAAAUGUGGCUGCGAUUAAAAGAUUUGCACUUUUUA